ACCCACUCGAAACGGCGCCGAGCAACAUGCCCAGCCCGUGCCAGUCCCGGCCUGGCUGGGACUUCCACCUAUAAUCUGUCCCUUGUCUCAGUCCUGCUCGUGUGGCCCUCUUCAAGAAGAAGGCUUUGUUACCUACUCCCCUACCCCUCAACGCCAAACGCACCGAGCGUGAUAUCGCAAAGCUGCUGCUCCUCUCGAGACUCCCGCGUAGUAAAGGACUCACAGCCCUGUCCCGUGGCUUCCUCUCUGCCCCGCCGACCAUCCGGACAACCCCCCGAACGACCACAAUGGCGAACAAGACCUUCAAGCUCAACACCGGCCAAGAUAUCCCCGCCCUGGGGCUGGGGACAUGGCAAUCCGCGCCGGGCGAAGUCAAGGAAGCAGUGGCGUACGCGCUCAAGGCCGGGUACAAGCUGAUCGACUGCGCGUACUGCUACGCCAACGAGGAGGAGGUCGGGCAGGGACUGGCCGAGGCGUUUGCCGCGGGCGUCAAGCGCGAGGACAUCUUUGUGGUCAGCAAGGUGUGGGCGACGUACACCACGCGGUGCGAGCUCGGCUUGGAGAAGAGUCUGCAGAAGCUCGGGCUGGAUUAUGUGGAUCUGUACUUGGUGCACUGGCCGCUGUUGAUGAACCCGGAGGGCAACGACGAUAGAUUUCCCAAGCUUCCCAACGGCGAGCGCGACAUCAUCCGGUCCCACAACCACGUAGACACGUGGAAGCAGAUGGAGAAGCUGGUCGCAACGGGCAAGACCAAGGCCAUCGGCGUUUCCAACUACAGCAAGCGCUACCUGGAGCAACUCCUGCCCCACGCCACCAUCGUUCCCGCCGUCAACCAGAUCGAGAACCACCCGGCGCUACCGCAGCAAGAAAUUGUCGAUCUCUGCAGGGAGAAGGGCAUCCACAUCAUGGCGUACAGCCCGCUGGGCAGCACGGGCGGCCCACUCUUCACGGCGGAACCCGUGGUGAAGAUUGCCGAGAAGCACGGCGUGAAGCCGGCGACUGUGCUGCUGAGCUACCAUCUUCCCCGCGGCAGUACCGUCCUGGCCAAGUCGGUUACGCCGGAGCGGAUCAAGGAGAAUAUGAACCUGAUUGAUCUGGACGGCGAGGAUAUGAAGCUGCUGAACGACUACUCAGACAAGCUGACCAAGGAGGGCAAGCUGCAGCGGUUUGUGUAUCCGCCGUUCGGGGUCGAUUUUGGAUUUCCGGAUAAGUCAUAGAUAUGAUGCCACCACGUCAAAAUGGGUAGAGGACGUUCAAAUAGACCUUGGAAAUAUUUUCUCUUUUAAGCGUGAAGGUCUUUUCAGCCCAAGAAUGGUCGUGUUUAAUGCUCAUGCGACUGAACACACCCCCAAAUCUGACCUCCUGUCCUGUCCUUU